ACCCUUCAUGCAAUUCUCGCCAUCUCCUCCAUCAUCACCUUAAUCUUCUUCUUCCUCAUUUUUUCUCUGCAACUAUUUUAACACCUAUAUUUCAAAAACCCUAGCCGUUAUUUCAUUUUCUCUCUCCUCUUUUUCUCUUCUUUCCAAAUUACCCAGAAAAAUAAACAUAAACCCAGAUCUGCAUGCUGAAUUUCCCUUACAUUUAGAUCUGUAUUAUUCACAUUCAACCCAUUUUAUUUUGAAAUUGAAAUUCAAUCAUAUUUCUCCUGAAUUCUUCGUGGGAAAAUCACAAUCGUCUGAUAAUAAAAUCUGGGUUGAUUUCAACCGUUGAUUCCUUUUCCAUUUGUUUAUAUUUGAGGGGGUUAGCCGGGGCUACGGCCUCGGCGGGUUUUAAAACCCCCAUUUUAUUUCACCCUUUGUGGUAAAUAAAAAAGAAAUAAAAAUUCCUCUUUUAUUCAUUUUUUCUCCUCCACAAAAUAAACCUCCUCCUGAGAAAUUUAACCCCAUUUUUUUUAGGAAUUCUUUUUGGUAGCUUUUUAGGAGAGAGAAAACAGAUCGGAAGGGGAAGAUAGAAGAUGCCGGCGUGUCCCGCCAUUGUUUCCGGCGGUUUUCCUCCUGGUUUCGCCGCUUUUUCCACCGUCGAUAAUCUCUCUCUUCCCCUCCCAGAUCAUAUGAUUACUCCGACGACGACGACGACAACAACAACAACGGAGUGGUCCUCAGACCACUCCGCUAACCUCUACCGUAUCGACCGUUGGGGUCCGCCUUAUUUCAAAGUUAACAACAAUGGAAACUUAGCAAUCAAGCCAUUUGGGGAAGCAUCAUUGCCACAUCAAGAAAUUGAUCUAUUGAAAGUUGUCAAGAAAGUAUCUGACCCCAAAUCAAAUGGUGGGUUAGGUCUUCAAUUGCCUCUUAUUAUCCGGUUUCCAGAUAUUCUUAAACACCGUCUGGAAUCACUUCAAUCAGCUUUUGAUUUCGCUGUUCAAUCACAAGGUUAUGGAGGUCAUUACCAGGGAGUUUACCCUGUGAAAUGUAAUCAAGACAGGUUUAUUGUUGAGGAUAUUGUUAAAUUCGGUUCCGCUUUUCGAUUCGGGCUCGAAGCUGGGUCGAAACCGGAGCUUUUACUUGCAAUGAGCUCCCUUUGUAAGGGUCAUCCUGAUGCUUUCUUGGUAUGUAAUGGUUUCAAAGAUGCUGAGUAUAUUUCUCUUGCGAUUAUUGCUAGGAAACUUGCUAUUAAUACUGUCAUUGUGCUUGAACAAGAGGAGGAAGUUGAUUUGGUGAUUGAAUUGAGUAGGUUGCUUCAUGUUAGGCCUGUAAUUGGGGUUAGGGCAAAGCUUAGGACGAAACAUUCGGGUCAUUUUGGGUCUACUUCUGGUGAGAAGGGGAAGUUUGGGUUAACAACUGUUCAAAUUCUUAGGGUUGUUAGGAAACUUGAGGUAGUUGGGAUGUUGGAUUGUCUUCAACUGUUGCAUUUUCAUAUUGGGUCUCAAAUUCCUUCAACUACACUUUUAGCUGAUGGUGUUUCUGAGGGUGCUCAGGUUUACUGUGAAUUGGCUCGUCUUGGUGCUUGUAUGCGAGUGAUUGACAUUGGUGGUGGUCUUGGGAUCGAUUAUGAUGGUUCGAAAUCGACUGAGUCUGAUGUUUCAGUGGGUUAUACAUUGGAGGAGUAUGCUUCUGCUGUUGUUAGGGCUGUUGGAGUUGUUUGUGAUAGGAAAGGGAUGAAACAUCCAGUUAUAUGUAGUGAAAGUGGCAGGGCUAUUGUUUCCCAUCACUCAAUUUUGCUAUUUGAGGCGGUUUCUUCGACUGGUUCGGCUGCUCCUCCGGCAAUGUCGCCAGAAGGAUUGGAUUGUUUGGUUCAAGGCCUACCAGAGGAGGCUCGUGGAGAUGUGCAUAAUAUAUCUGCUUCAGUUAAAAAUGGGGAUUUUGAUUCUUGCUUGUUGUAUGCUGAUCAGUUGAAGCAACGUUGCAUUGAACAGUUUAAAGAUGGAUGUUUAGGAAUGGAGCAGCUCGCGGCAGUUGAUGGGUUAUGCGAAAUGGUGUCGAAUGCACUUGGUAUGAGUGAUCCUGUGAGAUCUUACCAUGUUAAUUUGUCAGUUUUUACUUCAAUUCCUGACUUUUGGGGGAUUGGGCAGUUGUUUCCAAUAACCCCAAUUCAUAAACUUGAUCAAAGACCUGGGGUUAGAGGGAUUUUAUCGGAUUUAACAUGUGACAGUGAUGGUAAGAUUGAUAAGUUUAUUGGAGGUGAGUCUAGUUUGCCAUUACAUGAUUUGAGGAGAGAGAAUGGCAAUGAUGGUGGUGAUGGUGGGUAUUAUCUGGGGAUGUUUUUGGGCGGGGCUUAUGAGGAGGCACUUGGAGGAUUCCACAACCUUUUCGGAGGCCCGAGCGUUGUUCGGGUCUUGCAGAGCGACGGGCCAUACAGUUUCGCAGUGACACGGGCUGUUCCUGGUCCCUCCUCUGCGGAUGUCCUCCGGGUGAUGCAGCACGAGCCCGAGCUUAUGUACCAGACUCUCAAGCACCGAGCUGAGGAGUGCCUCCAACACGAUGAGGACGAAACUGCCACCCUCGCUAACGGGCUGGCCUGCUCUUUCAGCAAUAUGCCGUACCUUGUGGCGGGUCCCACAGCUGUAACUAGCGGCUUUGUCAAGAACAACAAUAACAACAAUGUCAAUGGGUAUCAUCAUCCAUACUUUUGUGGUGCCGAGGAUAGCUGCAAUGGCAGUGCUGUUGAGGUUGCUAAUGCCGAGGAUGAGCAGUGGUCUUAUGUCUGUGCUUGAGAGUUUUCAUUUAGCCUCCAUCCCCAGUAAUUGCCAGCCAUAUUUAAUGGUCUUUUAGUUCGUCGUCGGAGUCGUCAUCGUCUGUUUUUUCGAUUAGAGUUAUUUCGUUUCAUUUAAUUUAGUAGUUUCCAUUUCCAUGAAGUAUACAAAGUGUAAGAAAUCAGUAUAAUACAGUCUUGCAUUUUGUAGGAUAGGAGGGAAAUCUUAAGUUUCCCUGGAUUAAUGCAUGUAUUAGUUCCGGGGAUAUUUGCUCUUUUCCUCCUGUCAUGUCCUUUUUAAUUACCAUUAUUAGACUUUUUUUGUUCACAAUA